AAAUAUUUAAUCAAUGAUACAGCAGUAUUUUUUAGCUUUUCGUAAUCGUAUCAUUUUUUGAAAACAUUCCCAAAGUUGCAGUUUAAAAGUUCGUGCUUUUUUUGAAUCAACGGUUUUGCGACAUUUUCAAGUAAGUAUAAAAGCAUCAACGCUUAAAAUGGCUGCUACACAGUUUGUUAAAGAUGCAAUUGCUCAUGAUCCUAUUGUGUUAUUUACAAAAUCAGACUGUGGCUACUGUGAAAUGGUUAAAGAGAUUUUUGAUAAUAUGAAAGUCACUUACAAAGUUAUUGAAUUGGAUAAUAGAGAAGACAUGGAUGAUAUUCAAGAUGCUUUGGAAGGAAUAACUGGUGCUCGUUCGGUGCCACGUGUAUUUGUUGAUGGUGUAUUUAUUGGUGGCGGUUCUGAUGUUAGAAAAAUGUCUCAAAGUGGCAAGUUGCAAGAGCUUCUUCAAAAAUGAACCUAUUUAUGACUAAUCAAAUAUAGUUUAAAUAAAUUAUUGUAAA